AUGCUUUUCUCCGCACUCCUCCUUGCAUCAACCGCAUCCGCGACCUGCCUUCACGGCCUCUCCAAGUUCAAGCGCGCAGACACCGUUGAGGUUAACACCUUUGGUUAUGGACCCAUGAACGGACCCUUCAACUGGGCUUCGCUUGCUCCUGAGAACGAAGCAUGCAAGUCUGGCAUGAACCAGUCUCCCAUCAACAUUGAUGCCACCAUCACCGCCGCCUCAGGCCGCCCCGUCCUCGACAUCCCCGACGCGGAAGUAAUCUUCGAGAACCUCGGAACGACCAUCGAAGUCGUCGUCAACGGCACAACCAGCUACGCGGGCACCAACUUCCGCCUCGUCCAAUUCCACAUGCACACCCCCUCGGAGCACCACAUCAACGACGAAUACUUCCCCUUGGAGAUCCACAUGGUGCACCAGGGUGUCGACGACGAAAGCCAACUCGCCGUCAUCGCGCUCAUGUUCGAGAUCUCCUCCGGCGACUCCGCUUCCAUGAUCCAAUCGCUGUCUUCCUCGCUCGCCGACAUCGCCAUGCCCGGCACCAAGACUACCAUCUCCUCCGGCAUCGACUUCACCGACGUUGUUGAGACACUCAAGACCUCUGAUAUCCAGACGUACAGCGGUUCCCUUACUACCCCUCCUUGCGCCGAGGGCGUCACUUUCCUCAUCGUCAAGGACCCGCUUCCCGUCUCUGUUGAGGACUUCAACGCUAUCAAGAAGAUUGUCAAGUUCAACUCCCGUUUCAUCCAGAACACCCUUGGUGGAGAGAACAUCUUGGAGAUUGGUGCUGCUGCUGGUAACACUUCGAUGCCUCCUGCUCAGAACGCUACGCCUCGUGCCACCAACGUUGAGAUCAAUGCUGAUCUGGGCCUUCUUGAUGCUAAGGUCACCGUCGGUACUCCUAUUCAGAGGCGUGUACGCAAGUACUAA